CCAUUGUUAAGUUAGAAGUAGGUCCAUACCCAUGUGUACGACAGUUGGAAAGAAUAUUUGUGCAUGUGUGUGUGUAUAUAUAUGUUUGUGUGUGUAUAGGUUCUCAUCCAUAGCAAAGCAAAGGAAAGGUUGAUCGAUCAUGGAGUCAUUAGAAGAAGAUUACAGCAUGUCAACUGAAGAGGAAGGGCUGCUAAAAGUGAUGCAAAUAAAUGGGGCAAUAGCUCUUCCCAUGGUCAUCAAAACUGCCAUUGAACUUGAUCUGUUUGAGAUCAUGGCAAAGACUCCUAAUGCCCAAUUCUCUUCUCUUGAUCUUGCUUCUAGUCUUCCUACACAAACCCCAGAAACCCCUGGUUUAAUUGAACGACUUCUUCGAUUUCUUGCUAGCCAAUCCAUUCUCACAUCAACCCUCGUUACAGAUGAAAUUGGGAAUUCUAAGAAUUUAUAUGGCAUGACGCCAUUGUCAAAUAACUAUGUGCGCAAUCCAGACGGGACUUCUCAUGCUUCAACGGUUCUCCUUAUCUAUGAUAAAAUCCUCAUCGAUUGUUGGUUUCACCUGAAAGAUGCAGUGGUGGAGGGAGGGAUUCCAUUUAACAAGGCCCAUGGAGUGAAUGCAUUUGAGUACCCUUCCAUGGACAACAGAUUCAAUCAAGUAUUCAACAAAUGCAUGUAUGACAACACAACAAUAGUGAUGAAGAUGAUUCUUGGAAAAUACAAAGGAUUUGAAGGCGUAAAACAGUUGGUUGAUGUAGGUGGUGGUUUAGGUGCUAACCUUGAGAUCAUCGUCUCAAACUACCCUACUAUUAAGGGCAUCAACUUUGAUCUCCCCCAUGUCAUCAAGGAUGCACCUUCUUCUCCAGGUGUGGAGCAUGUCGGGGGAGAUAUGUUCCAAAGUGUUCCUAAAGGAGAUGUUAUAUUCAUGAAGUGGAUACUUCAUGAUUGGGGCGACAGUUAUUGCAUCACGGUUCUAAAGAGCUGUUGGGCGGCAUUGCCAGAGUCCGGUAAGGUGGUGAUAGUGGAAGCGAUCAUCCCCGACGGUGAUACUACCAAGAAUGAUGUUUCUAAGGCGGCCAUUGGUAGUGAUAUGAUAAUGUUGAUUGCUAACCCUGGUGGCAAAGAGCGGACUAUAAAAGAAUACAAUGCUUUGGCUAAAGAGGCCGGAUUCACUUCUUUGAAAAUUGUUUCUAGGGUUUCUUUGUUUUCGAUCGUGGAAUUCUACAAAAAUGCUUAACUUUUGAUUGUAAAGGUGUUUUUGAACAUCUCAAAAAGUUUACCUCCUCAUAAUACUUUGAUUGUACUUUUUUUAAACAUGCAAUUUGUAUUUUUAAA